AUGAAGUUCAACAAGCUCACCUCCUUCACAUCUUUAUUCAUUCUCCCUCUCUUGAUUUCCAUGCAAGUUAUAACAUCUCACAAAGUUAAGGAAGAGAGUGAGUUUAAUUACAUUAAAGGGAGUGAAAAGGGUCCAGAGCACUGGGGACAGCUCCGUGAAGAGUGGGACACUUGCAGCAACGGCCAUAUGCAAUCUCCCAUCAACUUAUCGGAUGACAAGGUGAAGGUGAUGCACCAUACAGAGAAGCUCAAGGGAAGAUAUAAGCCGUCCAAUGCAACUCUAGUGAAUAGAGGUCAUGACAUUAUGCUGAAGUGGGUGAAUGAAGCGGGUUCUAUAUACGUUGAUGGAAUUGAAUAUUUCCUUAUUCAAUGUCAUUGGCACUCACCUUCGGAGCACACCAUCAACGGUCGGAGAUAUUCUCUAGAGUUGCACAUGGUCCACGAGAACUUGGAGAAAAAGAGAGCUGUGGUUGCGAUCCUGUACAAAAUUGGACGGCCAGAUAAGUUUCUCAGCAAAUUGAUGGGCCAGAUUAGUGCCAUCAACGACUCAAAAGAUGGGGAAAUAGGGGUGGGCCUUGUUGAUCCGAAACAGAUAAAAGUGCAGCCCAGGAAAUAUUAUAGGUAUAAGGGCUCUCUCACCACCCCUCCAUGUACAGAAGGUGUGACGUGGAAUAUCUUAAAAAAGGUGAGGAGUGUUUCGAGGGAGCAGGUGCAGUUGUUGAGGGAAGCGGUCCAUGGUGAAUUCAAGAGGAAUGCUAGGCCCACACAGGCCACUAAACAUCGGGCGGUCCAUUUCUAUAUUCCGGGGAGAAUUCUUCCAUCAUGA